AGCAGCAGCAGCAGAAGUAGAAGUGUCCUGCAUGGCACAAAGGCUUGCGUGCCCUGUUUGAAUUCAUACAGUUUCAAUAGAUUUUCAAUAUUCAGUUGUACUAACAUCAAUAACUAAAAGAGGUAGAAGGAGAGGAAGAUGGUACAGCACCGUGACUAACCCGUCUUGGCAACUAGAGCAUUUUUAUGUGCAUCUGUACGUCGGCAUAGUAACUGUGUGUCAUGCAUGAAUGUGACAAUGUGUAAGGUGUACACUUGAACAUGUGUUUCUUGUUCACCCAUUUUCUAAUUAAGUCUUUCUGCCCAUCUCAAUUUAUUUGUAAAACAGCUAUAUGUGUUGCAAAUUUUGGUGCGUCAAAUAUAUAUAAUAUAUAAUCUAUGAUAGUGCCCCUUUCAGUAACCAUAAUUGUAAAUAAAGCAAAUCAUAGUCAAAGUUAUAUCACAGUCCGUCCCCCCCCCAACCUCACACCAAUGAAACAUUUCCAUGGGGUUUGAGGUCAUAUGAUGGGAGGGCAAGCCUGAACUAAAUCAUAUAAAUGUUCACUCAGUGCUCAUCAGUAGAAUGAUCUACCAGCCAGUGAACCACGUGUGACACUGGAUUCAUUGUUGAAGACAUCUUUAUGGAGAAAGACCUCUUGACAUGAUCACUACAGGAUAUAAUUUUACAGUUCACUGUCCGGCUUCCACGGCUCCUCCCUGUUCAGUCAGGGCCUUACACCCUGCAGUGCGUGUGAUGCUGUACAUGGCCUCGACUGCUGUUAUCCUUUUUACCGUGUGCGGGAACCUGCUGGUUAUAAUCUCUGUUUGCCUUUUCAAGCAGCUGCACAAACCAACGAACAUCCUCAUCCUCUCUUUGGCAUUUUCUGAUAUUUUUGUAGGGCUGUUUGUCAUGUCACUACAUUCAGUUUGGAUGAUAGAAUCAUGCUGGAUAUUUGGAGCAGCUGUGUGUGUGUUUCAGAACUUUGUUUCUUUCCAACUAACUUGUGUGUCUGUUCAAAAUGUUGCUCUUCUUGCUUUAGAUAGAUACUUGGCUUUGAACAAUCCUUUUUUCUAUAUAGAAAAAGUCACAUUAAAUGUAAGUUUCGUUGUAGCAUCACUGUCCUGGCUGUUUUCCCUACUUUAUAACUUUGGUCUUCUUUAUUCUAACGGAUUUUUGACUGUAACACCGCCUAGUGCAGAGGAAGACUUUAUUACUUUAAAUGAAAUAUGGUCCAUCGCUGACAUUAUAAUAGUUUUUGUUAUCCCAUGUGGUAUAAUGAUAGCUUUGUAUUUCAGAAUAUUCGCCAUUGCCAAAAGACAUGCCAGUGAAAUAAGAAAGGUUAACAGGGUUAUGAGACCUGAAGCCAAAAACCAGAAUCGGAAAUCUGAAAGAAAAGCAGCUAAAGCGAUCGGAAUUUUGGUGUUUGUCUUUCUUUUGUGCCUGCUGCCGUACUAUAUCUCUUCUUUCUUGCCAGGUGAUAAUGCUGAAACACUGAAGUUGUUGUUCGACUGCACAUCGCCACUCUUUUAUCUGAAUUCUUUUUUUAAUCCAAUCAUUUAUGCUUUAUUUUAUCCAUGGUUUCAGAAGAGCAUGAAGCUCAUAAUUACAUUCCGUGUGUGUAGCAUGGGCUCAUCAUUGUCAAUAGUGUUAUGAAUUCUCAGUGUUGUGUCAAAUAAUAUGAACACCUUUGUAGGUGUAUGUGUAAGCUUAAUUAAAUGCUUACUGUACGGUGGUGAUUGUGGCCAAUGCUAUGGCCAACACUUGUAUUCGAAAUGAUGCGUAUUGCAAAUGUCAUUGUGCAAAGCAUGCCAUGGGUAUCGAUACCGCAGAGCCCUCUGUUCAAGGUAUGUGUGAUCUGGUACCCCGUUGUGAAUGGACAAAUUACAGCAUUAUUAUAUGCCUAUAUUAAAUUAUAUAUCAAAUAUAAACCUUUAAACAAAUAUAAUUUUCACCUGUAUCCCAUUCCAAAACCCUGUUGUUCAUAUUUAUUUAUUUUUUAAAUGAAUUGCGUCAAAUUUGUCGCACGCAGAUAGUUGAUAUGUCAUGCUAAAACACCUCUUGUUUCGUAACAAAUGGAACAGACCUGGUUUAGACCUGCUUUUAUGAGGCUUAGUGUAACGGUGGUGAUUGUGGCCAAUGCUAUGGUCAACACUUGUAUUCGAAAUGAUGCGUAUUGCAAAUGUAUUUGUGCAAAGCAUGCCAUGUCAAAUAUUAAGAAGGACUGGGGUGGUUGUUUUUGUGCUUGAGAACAUUGUGUGCUGAUACCCCCUGUUUUUCUUAUCUCUGUAAUACUGUUAAAUAGACACUGACUGUGAGAAUUCAUCCGACUGUCACAGACUGCUCACUCUGUGUCACUCUCUGGCCCAGAUUUCAAAACGUGGUUAUUUCUAAUAGUAAAGUAAACAGAACACUCAGCUCAAAAAAUAUUCUGUGGUAAAGUUAUCUUAACAAUGAAUAUCACAUUGGGUAAAUCGCAAAUUUGCUCAACAUAUCACAUCACGAUAGAUACGGAAGUCUUUUGACCCUUUCCACAGACAAACACCAUGUACCCUGAUGCUAAGGAAUGGGAAUAAACCAUACGAAAAGAAAUCUAGAGAAAAUGAAUUCAUGAAAACAGUAGAUUUACAUGUAAAAACUAUUCCGUACCGAUAAUAAUCAAACCACUGGUAUCUACUAAUCCAAUCUAAUUCUGUAGUUCCAGUUCCUUAGCCAUAGUUGUUACCUUUCAAAGAACGGCCCAGUACACUGACAACUUUGCUCUCUGAAAUAUCCCACAAUCAUGCAUCAUAACAUCAUGCAGCAGUUGAGAACAUAGUGUGCUGAUACUCCCUGUUUUUCUUAUCUCUGUAAUACUGUUAAAUAGACACU